AUGCAGUUCCUCCCCGCAAGCACUGGUCGUGCGUUCGCCACGGGGGACAAGCGCUACACGCCCGUGAACGAAGUCCCGGCCAGCGUCUUACAGAACAUUGGCUCAGACGUGAUCUUUUCCCCGGGGUUUGCUGCUCGAGACGAGCAUGCGCCUGUGACCGGUGCGGUUCCCGCGUACUUGGACGCCCAAGCCACGUCACCGGUGGAUCCGCGUGUCGUGGACGCUAUGAUGCCGUACAUGACGCACGCGUUCGGCAACCCGCACUCGUCGACGCACGAGUUUGGCUGGGACGCGAGCAAGGCGGUGGAACGCGCUCGGGCGAGCGUCGCCGACUUGAUCCACGCGGACGCAAAAGAGAUUGUGUUUACGUCGGGUGCUACCGAGAGCAACAAUGCGAUCCUGAAGGGUGUCGCCCACUUUACGAAAGCCAAGAAGAAGCACAUUAUCACGACGCAGAUUGAGCACAAGUGCGUGCUGGACUCGUGUCGUGUAUUGGAGACCGAGGGCUUUGAGAUCACGUACUUGCCAGUGGGUACGAACGGACUGGUGGACCUGGAGCAGCUCCAGGCUGCUAUUCGUCCGGACACUGCUCUGGUGUCGGUGAUUGCUGUGCACAAUGAGAUUGGCGUAUUGCAGCCACUGAAGGAGAUUGGUCAGAUCUGUCGAGACCGCAAAGUGUUUUUCCACACGGACGCGGCGCAGAUGGUGGGUAAACUGCCACUGGAUGUGAACGCGAUGAACAUUGACGUCAUGUCCAUGUCGGGGCACAAGAUCUAUGGUCCAAAGGGCGUUGGGGCCAUGUACGUCCGUCGCCGUCCCCGUAUUCGUCUUGAACCCAUUAUCUCAGGUGGCGGUCAAGAACGGGGUCUACGAAGUGGCACGCUAGCAACUCCUCUGGUCGUGGGUUUUGGAAAAGCCUGUGAAGUUGCUGCGCAGGAAAUGGAGAACGAUCAUCGAUGGGUCAAGUACUUGUCGGACAAGCUGUACCGCGGCAUCACGGACCGCAUCGAACACGUUGUGCUCAAUGGCGACAAGGAGCAGCGAUACCCGGGCAAUAUCAACUUGUCGUUUGCGUAUGUGGAAGGCGAGAGUUUGCUCAUGGCGCUGAAGAAUCUUGCUGUUUCGUCGGGUAGUGCAUGCACGAGUGCAUCACUCGAGCCAUCGUACGUGCUGCGUGCGAUUGGCGUAGGGGAAGACUUAGCGCACACGUCGAUUCGCUUUGGCAUUGGCCGAUUUACGACCGAGGAGGAGAUUGACUAUGCAGUCGAGUUGUGCGUCAAGCACGUGACGCGUCUACGCGAGAUGAGUCCUCUCUGGGAAAUGGUGCAGGAGGGCAUUGACCCCAACACGAUCCAGUGGAGUCAGGAUGCACAUUAA